CUUUGGUGGUGGUUCACCAUAUGGCAAAAAAUGAAAUUCCUCUGGCGAUAGAAACAUAUAACGGCGUGAUAAACCUAAUGUGUAAAAUAGAAAGAAUCGGAUUAGCGUUGGAAGCUAUCGAAAGAUUUCAGGAGCACGGAAUUAAACCUAAUGCGGGAACCUUUUUGCCGAUUUAUAACGCGUUGAGGAUGCAAAGUAGUGAAGAAUUUUUGAGAUUACAUCGUCUGAUGAGGACCAAUAAUGUUUACAUAUAA